CCUGCAUCGUCCGUGACAAUCACCUCUCAUCUUUUCUCCGAGUGCAAAGACCUAAGCAAGGAUAAAAUCACACGGAAAUAAGGCGGAAUGUUAACUCAUAUGAAGCAGCAACAGCAAUUCUCUGAUGUCAGGAAUGAACCGGGUAGCUGCAACACUUUGGACUUGCCUCCUGCUCUGUGCUUUCCUGUGUGAGCCGGUGCUGUCCAAAGGGGGUCGUGGAGGGUCCCGUGGCUCCUCUCGAGGCACCCACUCACGGAGCUCCUCGGCGGGGAGUCAGCGGGGGGCCGGGGCCUACGGAGGGACCCGCUCCCGCGUCCGGGCUGUGGGCCGGUCCUCCCCAGUGAGGGUGGCGGCUGCAGCAGCGGCAGGGGCGGCGGUGGCGCUAUCAGCGGAUAAAUGGUACGCCUCUGCCUACAGACGCAGCAACGCAGACAGCUCAGAGGACGAGCUGUGCUACUACAACAGGACCAAUUACUUUGAUUCACAAAUGUCAGGCUCAACCCAAAAUGGAUAUUCUUUUCCUCAACUGGUUUCUAUCAUUAUUGCAACUUUUUUCCAAAAAUAUGGAUUUUUUCAAGACAGUAUACUGUAGAUGUUUAGCUUAUUUUUAAGGAUAAAAUCCUGAGUCUGCCCUGGAUCUGACUAUAUUGUGCAGAAAUGACUGGAACCUGCACUGGGAAGAUCAGAGGUGCAACACAGAGGUGGAUGGACACAAACACAUCACUGUACUGUAUAUUUUUUACACAUAUAAUCAUCUAUACCAACAAACAAAUGUAACCAACUCAGUAUUCAUUGUGACCUUUCACCUUUUAAGUAGUGCACCUUUGUCAAGUCAAUAUUGGGCAGAAAAUGGGACAGAACUUGAAUUAAUAUAAUACUUUGUUUCCUUCCCUAAUGCUUGAUUCCUAGACCCAAUUGUGAACAUUUUUCAUCAGGAGGAUGAAAAACAGAAACACCUUGAUAAGGAAACUGUGGGCUGCCAAAUUAAAUAGUACAAUCUUAAUUGUAUGUUUUUUUCACAAUAAGCAAAAAGAAAUGCAAAGUGAAAACACAGAAUGGCUGUUUAGUACAACAAUGACCAGGUCUGGGUCUUAACAUAAAGCUUGGACUUCUGGAAUUGAUGUAUUACACUGAAGUUGUUCUGCCCCUGAAAUCAAAACAGCUGCCACUUGAAAUUUAGAAAAUAUAAUAGCAAUUUCUGUCUGCAGACUUAUGGGUUUGGAAACUGAUAUUGCCAUGAAGAGGAUUCUCUGCAACAAGACAAGGCAAAUGAGUAUGGUGCAUUUGGCUUAACUGCAUUUUCAACAAUCAUCUUGAAUUUCUGAACAAUUAAUACUUUUUUAUAACAGCUGAAAUUAAGCUAAUUCAUUUCUCAGAUUCAUGAACAAACCAUGUCAUGGUUGGUAUGAAAAGAAAACUGCUGCCCUCACUGUAAUUCAUGUCUCUUAUGAUCCAUCCAUCAUCCAAGAUCUUUUUACCUGCAGGAAACACUCAGGAGCAACAGACUGUUCCAUAUAAAUGUACUUUAUUACAAGCUACAACACUUAUGUACAUAGAUUGAGAGUUUGUUAUUACUGUCUUUGUGCUAAUAAAUAUAAUGUUUACACCUUGUCA